ACGACGUCGUCUUCAGCCGAACACUAUCUCUAGUCGGCACACUUUCUUCUAAUCAAUCACAGUCCGUCCCUCUCUCAAUGGCGAGUGAAGCUGCUCCUUCUUCGUCUUCUUCGUCUGCUCCACUGAAAGAAGAGGAAGACUUAUUGUUAUUACACGGAGCGGAGUCGGGUUGGGUUGAGGCUCGGACUCGGUGCGAUCAUCUGGCUUCCCUGUCAUCGGAUCUCGCUCACAUCCCCACCCCCGAUACUCCUUGCUACAGGUGCCAACACCCGGAUGAGAAUUGGUUAUGUUUAUGCUGUAAGGACGUGCUCUGCAGCCGUUUUGUGAACAAGCAUAUGCUCCAGCAUCAUCAGCAGUCGAAUCAUUGUCUGGCCCUCAGCUACAGUGAUCUGUCGGUUUGGUGUUUCUCCUGUGAUGCAUAUUUAGAUGCUCAAGUGAUUCUGCAACUGCGGCCUGUUUAUGAGACAGCCUACCUACUGAAAUUUGUUUCCUUUGGUGCAGAGGAGGUGGUGGAGUUUGAAAUGAGUGUAGACCAAACAUGUAGCAAGCUGGAUUAGGUAUAAAGCUGAAAAUCUGUCUUUUUAUUUAUGUCAAGGGCAAAGUUUUUAUCUGAAUUGGGUCGGAGAAAAUUCUUUAACUCAUUCUAUUGAACUAAUAUAUGUAUUUAGAACAUGUGAUUCUCA